AUAAAAAAAAAAUAAAGGGUGGGGGGGGACUCGGAUAAAAAGGACACGUACGACUUAUGAACGCUGCCCACACUUUCGUACAAAGAUUUUAGUGUUGGAUUUGCGUACGUCGGGCUUGAGUCGAGCACAUGCAGUGGUGGUCAGUCGGUUUAAUUGUGACUAUAUCACUGUGAGGAUUGACUUAGUUUAACUUUAUGAUGGCCCGGUAAAAACGAAAGUGCCCACGUAGCCUAAUAAAACGGUGCUUCGAAGUACACUUUAUUUUAUUGCGUUCCAUAACUUGAAAACUUGAAAUACACAUUCUGACACUGAGCAACUAGAGUGCAUACAAUACAGCUUCCAAGACACUAAAAGACAGGUUCGUCCUCACAAAAUGUCGAACGUGUCAGCAACAACAGUAAAUUCUUUGCAUUGCCUCUGUGCAAACGGAGCAAGAGGAGGCCUGGACGUAAUGAAAGUGUUGACGCUGGCUUCCUAUACAAAGCAUCGCAAGGUGAUUUAAUUAAACGGCGAGGUAACGAGACAAGUCAGGGCGCCACAUGAAUGUAUGACAUGACAUGACAUUGCAUGUAGGUGAAGCCCUCGGCAUAUGUACGCUAAGAACACGGGACGCUAUGCUGCGUGGAGGAAACGAGUUCUUUGUACAUCACGAGGUUGCAUGAAGUAUACUAGACGGCAUUCGAUGAAAAUCGUAGUCGAGAUCGCGCGACGGCGAACCAUGUCACGCUAAUACGUCCCAACAUUUAAUAAAUAAAAAAAAAGCGAAUCCUUCAGGGAAACAUCCUUAACUCAUGUCACGAUCGUAUAUUCAGUGAAGCAUGUAGCGGGCUCUUUUCUCACGCAUGGUGCAAUGCGCACGUAAACUCGCCGCACACGUCCUUGCCGACACACACGUCAGCUCGCCACCAGAGAGGACCGGCUUCAACGUCUUGCAGGAGAACGCGCAAGUGUUCAGCUUCCGGCACGUGACCAAGAUGGGCGACGAUACUGAGCGCGGUGUGCGCAUCUGCGGCGCGACUUCGUCGCUGCUGUUGCUGCUGCUGCUGUCGGCGGUGGUACUUCUGUCCAACGAGGUGCGUGCCGCCAGUCUACUCGAGGGCCGCCAGGUGGACGCGCACUUCUGGCAGGGAGUGCUCAACAAGACCGCGGAGGGUAGCAUGGAGCAGGCCUUCACCAUGGUCCUCGGCAAAGUCUCCGACGACCUCGCAGGCGCCAUGGACCGGAUCAACGAAUUCCUGGAUGGCGUGAGAAGAAACGUCACGUCUGUGAUACAAGAAGGCGUCAAGAACAAAGCUGGCUCUGGCCCGGCGGAGGAAACCCGAAAGUGACGAGCUGUGCUGCACCCGGGUGUGACGAUAAAGGCUACUUACUUCCGGUCAUCCAACUCCUGGCACGAAGCGCAACGUGCACUAAUGCACGCUGACGACCCUUGGCGACACAGCGGCCAGCUUCCGUGUCAUUGAGCUUCUGCGUCGACGCAAAACAAAUCCCGCCGUUUUUUACCCGUUCUCAAAAUAAAUCGCGUGGUGUGCAAGA